UUUGCAUGUGGCUUGCUUUUAGGAUAAAUCCUCUCCAGAGUUUACUUAUGGAAGGAAGCAUGCCCUCUUUCGAAUAGAAGAUGGUGAUCCCGAAGUAUGAUGAUGGAGAAGGGGAUGAGUUCAAUAGAAGUGUUACCUUCCAACUCAUCUCAGAUUACAGCUGUAAAGGUGAUCGUCAAAGAACAUGAAACAAAGCAAACCCAAAGAGGGAAACGAGUGGGUUUUGUACUUGUACAUGCAGGUGCAGGCUAUCAUUCUGAAUCCAAAGCUAAAGAAUACAAGCAUGUUUGUAAAAGAGCCUGUCAAAAGGCAAUUGAAAAAUUGCAGGCUGGUGCUCUUGCAACUGACGCAGUGACUGCAGCACUAAUUGAACUAGAGGAUUCUCCCUUUACAAAUGCAGGAAUGGGGUCUAACCUAAAUCUUUUGGGGGAGAUAGAAUGUGAUGCCAGCAUAAUGGAUGGAAAAUCACUCAAUUUUGGAGCAGUUGGAGCAUUGAGUGGAAUCAAGAAUCCAGUUUCAGUUGCAAAUAGGUUGUUGUGUGAAGGGCAGAAGGGAAAACUCUCUGCUGGCAGAAUUCCACCUUGUUUUUUAGUUGGUGAAGGAGCUUACAGAUGGGCAGUUGAUCAUGGGAUACCAGCAUGUCCUCCAGGUAUCAUGGCUACAAGGUUCAGUUUAGCAGCUUUUAAGAGGAACAAGAGGAAGCUGGAGCUGGCAGAAAAGGUGGAAACGGAUCUUAUUCAGCUAAAGAAGAGAAGACAAUCAAGUGAAAAGGAGAAUGACUCGGGAACACUGGACACAGUUGGUGCAGUCGUUGUUGACCAAGAAGGAAAUGUUGCUGCUGCUGUCUCCAGUGGAGGUUUAGCUUUGAAGCAUCCUGGAAGAGUUGGUCAGGCAGCUCUUUAUGGAUGUGGUUGCUGGGCUGAAAAUACUGGAGUUCUCAAUCCUUAUUCCACUGCUGUGAGUACUUCAGGCUGUGGAGAGCACCUUGUACGGACUAUACUGGCUAGAGAAUGUUCACGUGCUUUGCAAACAGAAGAUGCCCACCAGGCCCUGCUAGAGACUAUGCAAAACAAGUUUAUUGGUUCACCUUUUCUAGCCAAUGAAGACGGUGUACUUGGAGGAGUGAUAGUUCUUCGAUCUUGCAGAUGUUCAGCAGAGCCUGACUCUUCACAAGAAAAGCAAACUCUACUAGUGGAGUUCCUAUGGAGUCAUACAACAGAAAGCAUGUGUGUAGGGUAUAUGUCAGCGCAAGAUGGCAAAGCCAAGACUCACAUUUCAAGACUUCCUCCUGGAGCUGUGGCCGGACAGUCCGUGGCAAUUGAGGGAGGGGUUUGCCGCCUGGAGAGCCCAGCAAACUGAACAGCUGACUCAUCACCUCAUUGUAAAGAAUGUGAACGGCAUUUUGUACAAUAAGCUCUUUUUUCUGUUUUACCAGAUGUUGGGGAAUUUUACUCUCAUGUUAUACUCCUUAUUGCAGCCAUGUGCACCAUAAAUUGAGACAAGUGCUGCUGUAGUUCAUGUUCUCACUCUGUGCGAGUGGGUGGGUGUACAUGCAUGCUUAUUUUUUCUCCCAAUAAAAUAGGAACUCUUCCCAGUUGUGCAAAGACUGUGUAUAAUUAAUGUUACAUUUACUUACAUUGCUUUGAGCAUAAAAACAAAUGUCCUAAAAGUUCAGAAAAAUCUGAUUUAACGAAGUUGCAACAACUCUCAUCCAUGUUCUGAAUUAGAUAGAAACAGAUCUUUAAGUGAGAUGUAUCUUAAUGCAAAAGUCAUGAUGGGUUUCCACAUUUCUUAAUGAUUUAAGUGACUCCAGUGGUAACUUAAACAUUGUUUUUUUGUUUGUUUUCCUGUCUCCCUCCCUCUCUCUGUCUCCCCUUUCCCCUCUGACUCAAGUAUGGGCAUUUUUUUUUGAUGAACAGUGGUUUCAGUGAACCAAACAAGAGCAGGAUUAUGGUCAGAAUAAUUUUAAAGUCUUAUAAUAUUGGUUGUAUCUCUCUUCCCAGGAUGAGCUAAGCUAAGAUGUUAAUAGCUUCAAGCUGUAUGUAUUACAAAGAGCUAUAUAAAGAUAAUGUAUGGUAAUGCUGUCUUACUUUGUGUAUAAUGGAAUAUUACAAUGUAAAUAAGAAGACAAAGUUUAUGGAAAGAUUCAAUAUUAUUCUUUGUUUCUGUUUAAUCUAUUUUUAAGAGAGAGGUACAGAAAUAAACAAACUUAUUACUGGAUGCUAA